AUGCCAAAAAAGUUGACUAUUCUCGUGUCGGCGUGCAACGAAGCGGGCCAUCUGAAUGCCGUUACGGGAGAAACGCUGGAGCUGAAGAGACGUGGACAUCGAGUGGUGUUCAUUCUGCCCGAGACAUGGCGAGGAAAGUUAGCCAGGCACGGAUUUGAAGAGCACGUCUAUCAAACGGAGAAGCCGGCCAGCGCCAAUGAGCACCCGGGCGAGCACAAUGCGAAAAUACUGUUUGAGUAUAAAAUGUUGGGCAAUUACACGCCACUGGAGAAGAUGCAGGAGCUGGUGAAGAUCUUCGAUUCAGAGCACCAUUUGUCGGAAAUACGGGAGAAUGACAAGGCGGUGAAAGUGGCGCUGAAAAAGUACCAGCCAGAUGUGAUUAUCGUCGAUGCGCACUCACUUUCACCCGCCAUUUACACGUCGGGAAUUCCGUGGAUCAAAAGUUGCUCAAUGAAUCCACUUUUCGAAGUGUGGGACUCUGAUUUGCCACCAGGCGGUUCAGGUCUAUCUCAGAACAGCGAUCGAUCUAAAUGGACUGAAUUUGUUUCUCUUCGUAAAAAGAUUUUUGCUUCGCCCGUUUUCAGCAAUCUCCUAAAGGAAAUGGGUUAUGAGCCGUAUGCGAAUGAUAUUAAGUUUCCUCCGACGGAAAUUCUAACCGUCUACGCCUGUCCAGAAGAGUUGAACUACCCCCAAAUUCGCCAAAAUGGCUGGCACAACUUGGAAGCAUUCAAUAAAGUGGAUGCAAGCGGAACUGUUGCAAGGCUUGAGGAUAUUCUACCCAAAGAAUUUAUGGAAAAUAAUCUCAAUGGGACAUUCUCUGGCAAGUACAUUUACUUUUCUCUAGGAUCAAUGGCUAGUGUUGAUGUAAACUUGAUGAGACGCAUGACUGGCGUUCUCUCAAAAACGCCUCACAAGUACAUCGUUUCAAAGGGACCACGCCACGAUCAGUUUGAACUUCCGGCAAACAUGUGGGGUGAUCAGUACUUGCCACAGACAAAGAUUAUUCCGAUUGUUGACUUGGUCAUCACCCAUGGUGGAAAUAACACUGUCACCGAGACGUUUGCCACCGGAACUCCAAUGGUCGCAAUGCCCAUGUUCGCCGAUCAAUUCGACAACGCUCAGCGUCUGGUUGAAACUGGACUUGGUGUUCGGGUGAUGCCAUAUGAUUUUGAAGAUUCAGAACUGAUCGCAGCGGUUGAGAAGGCUCUCGGUGAUGAGGAGAUUAAACGGCGUCUACAAGUGGCAGCAAAGCGAAUUCAGUCGGAAAAGCGCCAUGAACAGCUGGCUGAUAAGAUUGAGCAGUUGCUGGCCAAAUAA